GGAUGUGAGAUCAAGACCAAUGGUAGCUUGCAGGAGAUCAGUAGGGCAGUUGAGCAGAGCCUGAUAGCAACCUGCGUGGGGAGUAUAGCCGAGCUAGGUGACCUCGUAUGUCGAGCCAUGCAUUACCAGCAGGGCCGUCAGAAGAUUCCCAGCAACUUGAAUGGCAGGCAGAGCACGACCUGGUCCCCCAGCGCCCUGCACACCCUGUACUACUACAUGCGAUGCAGUCAGCUGGAGUACAGCGACAAUCCUAACACAGAUCCCCCUGUCAUUCAACUCAACCCAGAAAGGCCGUACGUUGUGCUCCCGCCGCUGAUGCAAUGGAUCCGAGUGGCUACGGCUCACUGUGAGCACAGACUGAGCAGCAUAGUGGACAGCGACGACGUCAGACAAGCGGCUAGGCUGUUACUGCCGGGCAUCGACUGCCCUGUCAGACCGCUCAGUACGGAUGAGGUGGUGUGUACCUCCCGCCAUCUCAACGCCCAGCAGUCAGCGCUGAGAUUCCAGCAGGACCUAGGCUUCAGGAUGCUGGCGUGCGGCAGGGCUGACCUGGUCUCUGAAGCUGUCUCGCUUCUGGGCAACGACGGAAUCAACACAGUCAGCGAACAGGGUCUCUCUCCACUCAUGUUUGCCUGCUCAAGAGGCGACGAAGCCAUGGUGCAGAUACUGAUCAAGAAUGGAGCUGACGUAGACCAAGCUGUACCCAGUUCGCACACCAGUCGUCCCUGUAUACACCCGGCAAUCAGACAUUGGACAGCUCUCUCCUUUGCUGUUGUCAACGGAAACGUGUCUGUAGUUCAGCUGUUGUUGAAUGCCGGCGCCAGCGUGCACGGUUCAGUGGACACCAGUGGUGAUAACUACACAGAGACGCCAUUGCAGUUGGCUUCAGCAGCUGGGCACUAUGAGAUGGUCGCUCUGCUUCUGUCUAAGGGAGCGGAUCCGCACCUCACCACGGUCCACAAGAACGGAAUAACCACCAAAGGCCACGACAACUCAUUCGCCUUAGCUGCAGCUCACGGUCACAGAAAUGUCUUGAGGAAGCUCUUAGAACAGCCACGCUGCGUCAAGUCCACAGACAUCUUGUCGCUGGAGGAGAUGUUGGCCGAAGGCACAGAGCAAGAACCGCUCGCUCCAAAAGUACCCAAGCUGAAGAGAAUGGGCAGCAAGAGCAAGAUUACGCUAUCCCUGCAGGAAGCAAUGUACCACAGCUGUGAGCACGGCUACCUGGACAUCUCCAUGGAGCUGCGCAGCCUGGGCGUCCCAUGGACCUUACACUGCUGGACCGAGUCCCUGGCCACCGCCAAGCAGCUGCACCGGCUUGCCGUCAUCCAGUGCCUGCUUAGGGACUUUGGAUCCAUCAAACUGGACGAGUACAAUGAGGAGUUUGUGGAGGAAGGGCUGACGCUCAUGUUUGACAUCCUGAGACAGUGCCGGAAUGAUGUGAUAUGUCAGCAGCUGGCCAGCAUAUUUGCCUCGUUGUUCGGCGACGGUCCCAUACCAGCCCUGCGAGUGGAAGGACUGCCCCCUGUAGCUAGAAUAGACCCCCAGUACGUGAACAACCAGGAGAUGUCAGACGUGACGUUCAUGGUGGAAGGGAAGCCGUUCUACGCCCACAAGAUCGUCCUAGUCACUGCCUCCAAGAGGUUUAAGGCCAUGCUCUCCGAUAAGUUCACCGAGGGCAAGCAGCCUUGCAUUGAGAUCAGCGACUUCAGAUAUAACACCUUCAAUUUGGUGAUGCAGUACCUGUACUUUGGCAGCACCGAUGCAUUGAGAGUGGAGACAGGGGAAAUUCUUGAACUGUUGGCAGCAUCCAGUUUCUUCAUGCUAGACCAGUUGCAACAGUACUGUGAGAUGUUGUGCAGUCGCAUGCUCAAUGUGGACUCAGCAAUGGUUAUCUACAAACAUGCCAAGUUGUACAGCUCGGAGUGUCUCCUCGAGUUCUGCCAUUCCUUCUUCCUUGCCCACUUCACCGAGCUCCUGGCCAAGAACGAGGCGUUCCGUCGCCAGGUCUUCCCGCCAAAAACCGACCAAUCACAGGACCUGCUGGUCUCCCUGCAGGACACCCUCGCCCACCGACUCUACAUGCGGUUCCAGAAGCAGACAACUGUUUAAUGUUUGUUUUGAACAAAAAAUGGCAAUUUUGUUUUUUUCCAACUCAUGUUAAGAAUUAAGUAUACUAGCUAAACUGUUUGGACUAAUUUGGGACACAGUCUGCCGAAAAAAUUGGCAGAUUUUUUGUUCAAGUUUCCUUAGUUUUUACAAAUAUGUAAUUCUAAUCACAGUGUAUGUUUUAAAUAAACUUGUAAUAGUUUCAGAUCGUAACUGUUGCCUCUUAUGGUGAUAUUUAGGAAGAGUACAGGUGUAACAAUGUGAGAAAUAAAUUACAGAACAAUUAAGGAAAAUUCAGGAAAUUUCUUUAAUUUUACUGUGACACCACAAAUUUCAUAUAGGCAUAUAUGAAGUCAUAUGAAGCCAAGUGAAGUCUUUUUUCCCUUCAAAAAUUAAAAAUUGUUGUAAAGGGGAAGAUCUAUGCCUAAAGUAACACUACUUAAAAGCGAUUUUAGUCCUCAGUGAUUUGUUUUUUAGCUGCGGGAAGCAGCUCAAGAAAUGAUCGCGCUCUCCGUUGGUUAGUAACAAAUGUCAGCAAAUGCCUUUUAUGGCAAUCAAUCACCUUGUCCCUCAGACCUUCACAACACUUAACCCUGACCCUGCUGAAUCCAACAGGAUCCAACUAUGUCACAUACCCGAUGGAGCCUGUUGGAUGGAGCAGUUAACCCCUUGUGUACAUUCCUCAUGCA